AUGAGUGUCUGGACCCCACCCAGACUUGUGGAUCUAGCGGGGAUGAACCUGCUAAGGGAAGAUGCCUUGGCCUUUUCUGCUCUGGAGGAUUUACCCACGGAGCUCUUCCCACCACUGUUCAUGGAGGCCUUUGAUGGGAGAUGCAUUGAGACCUUGAAGGCCAUGGUACAAGCCUGGCCUUUUGUCCGUCUGCCUCUGGGGGCCCUGAUAGACAUGCCCCAUGUGGGGCCCUUACAAGCAGUGCUGGAAGCACUUGAUGUUAUGCUUGGCCAGAAGGUUCGCUCCAGGAGGUGCAAACUUCGGGUACUAGAUUUACGAAACACUGGCCAGAACUUCUGGAGCAUGUGGUCUGGAGCCAGCACUCACGGGUGCUCAAGCUCACGAAUAGCACCAGUGGCUGAGCACAGGUCAAGGACAAAGCAGCCCUUGGCCUCAUUAAGGGUUUUCAUAGACCUUAGUCUGAAGAAAAGGACCCUGGACAACUUCCUCACCUACCUCCUCAGGUGGGUGGAGCAGAGAAAAGAUUCCAUACACCUGUGUUGUAAGAAGCUGAAGAUCUUUGCAAUGCCCAUGGAAAACAUUAUGAAGGUCCUGAGCAUGGUGCAGCUGGACUGUAUCCAGGAGGUGCAAGUGAAAUGCAUUUGGCACCUGUCCACCCUGGCCAUGUUUGCUCCCAUCCUGGGCAAGAUGAGUAAUUUGCAGAGACUUCUUCUCUCUCACAUCUACACAUCUGCCUCUGAGAAGCAGGAGCGGCGUCACGUUCUCCAAAUCACCUCUCAGUUCCUGAGGCUGGACCAUCUUCGGGAUCUCCAUCUGGAAUCUCCCUCCUUCCUUGAAGGCUGCCUGGAUCAGAUGCUCAGGUGCCUGAAGAACCCCUUGGACAAUCUCUCAAUAACCAACUGCCUGCUUUCAGAAUCAGACCUGACCCAUCUGUCCCAGUGCCAGAACAUCAGUCAGCUGAAAGGCCUGGAUCUGCGUGGUGUCACGCUGACCGACUUUAGUCCUGAGGUCCUCCAAGUUCUGCUGGAGAAAGUUGCAGCCACCCUCCAGGAACUGGACUUAGAUCUGUGUGGGAUCAGGGACUCCCAAUUUGAGGCCCUCCUGACUGCCCUGAGCCACUGCUCUCAGCUCAGUUACUUCAGCCUGUGUGGGAACCUCCUCUCCAUGAGUGUCAUGGAGAAGAUGCUGCGACACACAGCUGAGCUGCCUUUAAGUCAAGAGCGAUACCCUGCUCCUCAGGAGAGUUACAGCCCUCUGGGUGCUCCCCUCGAAGGGAGACUUGCCCAGCUUCAGGCAGAGCUGUUGGAGAUUCUAGGAGACUUAGGACGGCCCAGGACCAUCUGGAUUAGCCUCAGCCCCUGCCCUCAGUGUGGUGAUGAAAUAUGCUAUCACAUGGAGCCCAUUAUAUAUAGCUGUACUACCCCUGCCUAG